AUUUUUCAUUUUGGGUGUGUAUUUUUUUUUGUAUUUGGCAUAGAGAAAAAUUAAGAAAAUUCAUUAAAUAAUUAACAAAAUUGCAUACAAAACUAACAGCUUGUCAUCUUUAUCGUAGACUAAAGAAGCUUUUUUCAAAUCCAAAUAAAAAUCAUAUAUAAAAGAGACACAUUUUAUUACAACGCUUAAUUUUGCACUCAAAAUAUCAUUUCUAACCAAAACACCAACCACCAUCCUACUACCCACAACAUAUUUACAGUAGAUUUUUAUAACCAAACAAAAAUUUAUUAAAAAAAAAAACCGAUAAACUCAUCUCUGCUCUUUGCUUUAUAUAUUAAUUACUACAACAACAUCAACAACAAAUUCUUCACCAUAGGACUAUCAGAGACAGCAGUUAUGGACGUUAUGUCUUCUUCAUUGCAACAGCAACGUAUUAUUGUCGAACAAUUGAGACGUGAAGCUUCGGUCGAUCGCCAGCCCGUUUCGGAAUCGUGUGCCGCCAUGAUGCGUUACAUAUCGCAACAUGAACAGGAGGAUUAUCUCUUGACUGGCUUCUCCAGUCAAAAGGUAAAUCCUUUCCGUGAGAAAUCUUCUUGCAGCGUACUUUAAAUAAACAAACUUACAAGUAUUGAAAUGAAGAUGAAGAAACGCAGGUGCAGGCAAAUGAUGAUGAUGAUGAUGAUGUUGAUGAUAAUGGCGGGGAAUUUUAAAACGAAUAUGGAAGGAUAAAAUAAAGCAGUGUUGUAGAUGGCUUAUGAUGUAAAGGAUUUUUAAUAAUUUACAUUAUUUUCAAAGUAGAAAUCACCACCUAAAAAAUACAACUAAACUACAAGAUCAUUUUACACACGAUUACUAAGGCAACAAACAAAUAUUUGAAAAACAUUAAAAUUCAAUAAAAAAUUUAGUUUUGUACCACAAUAAAUACAAACCAAAAAACAAAACCCAACAAUUCUUAAUCUACUUUACUUAAUACUUCAGAAUUCUUUACAUAAAAACAGUGUGUAUUUGCUAUAUAAGUAAUAAUAGCAUUAACCAGACAACAGCAGAAAAAAAUGGAUACAUUUAUAACCCAACAAUGAUUAAUAAUUCCAAGGAACCUUAACAGAAAAUAAAUUAACAACCAAGCUAUUAAUCAUUACUACAUAUAUAUAUAUCUUUCAAUAUAUAUCGUAUUUAAAAUAAACCAAGAAAAUAAAUUAAAUAAAGAAAUAACUAUUUAUAAAUUAUAUCUCUAUAUAUAUAUAUAUACAAAAGAUGAACAACAGCAACUAUUAUUAUAUAUAUAUACAAAAAUAUCAAGAAUAUAACAAUAACAACAACAAUAUAUAUCAUAUAUAAGAUCUAGUUAUUUACUUACAUAUAUAUAUAUUAAACCAAAUAAUAGUUUAAUAAUAACAUGCAAUUAGAGAUGGUCAUUUAAAAGCCAAUACAUUUAAAUUUAAAUAAAGAAAUAAAUUAAAAAACCAUAAAUAAUUAUAAUAAUAUUUGCCUUAAAAUAGGGAAAAGAAAGAUAAGAUAUACAUAUUAAUAAACUCUCUGAUGUUUAAGCCUUUAAUUCAAAAAAAAAAAAAUAAUAUUGAAAAAGGAGCACUUUGAAUUGAAAGAACAUCAUAAAAUAAA